GCCGGGCCGGGCCGCGCCGCGCCGCUUAGGAAACCGUGGGAAGAGGAGGAGGUGGGAGCAGCGGCGGCAGCAGCAAUUGCUGCGAGAGCAAAGAACAGCUUUCGCAACCGAGCGAGGACAGAAAGGCGGUGGGGCCGCGGGAGGGCACUCGCUCCGGGAGCCCAGUGCGUGCCGGCGGGGUGACUUUCUCAGCGAAGGCGCACGGAAAGCAGGAACGGACUAGGACCGCCAAAGAGUCCUGGCGGAGGCGAGGCAGUGAGGGCCUCCCAGCACUUCAGUGAGUUCUCUCCACCAAACUUUUCUGCCUUCUCCCUCCAAAGCCGGCGCACCCCACCUCCUCCCUCGCGGGAAAGUGUUCUGCUCUACUCACCUCUCCCGCCACCGCCGCGGCACCAACCUCAGCUGCCCACCGCAGGCGGGACCAGGACUUAUACACUUCGCGCCCCCCUCGGGGGAAGCCUGCAGGAGGUGGGGGCGUGCCCAGACCCCCGAUUUAAUUAGUGUAGUGGGGGGGGAGGCCGGCGGCUCCCCCCCCAUCACCUCCGCCCCCAGUUCUCGCCCUUGACCCCAGUCUGCCCGCCCCGUCGGGGGUGACAGCCUCCUCCCCGCUGCCCUUGAGCUGUCAGGGCGCGGGGGGCGGGCCGGGGCAGGGCCUUCCUGAGAUGGCCUCGGAGCUGGCGAUGGGCGGCGAGCUGCCCAGCAGUCCCCUGGCCAUCGAAUACGUGAACGACUUCGACCUGAUGAAGUUUGAAGUAAAGAAGGAGCCCCCCGAAGCGGAGCGCUUCUGCCACCGCCUUCCCCCAGGCUCACUCUCCUCCACACCACUCAGCACCCCCUGCUCCUCGGUCCCUUCUUCGCCCAGCUUCUGUGCCCCAAGCCCAGGCACCGGCGGCGGCGGAGGAGGAGGAGGAGGCGGAGGCGGCGGAGGAGCGCCCACAGGGGGGCCCCCCGGGCCGCCGAGCGGGGGCCCCACAACUGUCGGGGCUGUGACUGGCAAGCCCCAGCUGGAGGACUUGUACUGGAUGAGCGGCUACCAGCACCACCUCAACCCCGAGGCGCUCAACCUGACCCCGGAGGACGCGGUGGAGGCGCUCAUCGGCAGCGGCCACCACGGCGGCCACCACUCGGCCUCGGCCUACGAGACCUUCCGGGCUCAGGGUUUUCCGGGCGGCGGCGGGGGCGCUGGGGAGGAGCUGGGGCCUGGCCACCACCACAGUGGCCACCACGCAGCUCACCACCACCACCAUCACCCGGGCCACCACCACCACCACGGCGCGGGCCACGGCCACCACGUGCGUCUGGAGGAGCGCUUCUCCGACGACCAGCUGGUGUCCAUGUCUGUGCGCGAGCUGAACCGACAGCUCCGCGGCUUCAGCAAGGAGGAGGUGAUCCGCCUGAAACAGAAGCGGCGGACCCUGAAGAACCGUGGCUACGCGCAGUCCUGCCGCUAUAAGCGGGUGCAGCAGCGGCACAUCUUGGAGAGCGAGAAGUGCCAGCUGCAGAGCCAGGUGGAGCAGCUGAAGCUGGAGGUGGGCCGGCUGGCCAAAGAGCGGGACCUGUACCGGGAGAAAUACGAGAAGCUGGCGGGCCGAGGAGGCCCUGGGGCAGGGGCCGGAGCCGGGGGGCCCGGGGCAGCGGCCGGGGGAGCCGGCAGCGGCAACACAGGCUUCCCCAGGGAGCCCUCCCCGCCCCAGGCCGCUCCCGGGGCAGCCAAAGGGGCAGCUGAUUACUUCCUGUGAGCUUUGCCCCUAGUCCGGGCCGCGGCUGGGGCUCCGCGCAGGCUUCGGGGAGCGAGCCGAGGAGCGGCCGAAGCGAGGAUUCUGCCCCUCUCCUCUCUUACCAGCGCUCCCCGUGCCCUCCCCCGGCCUCUGCCGAGACGUUGGCGGCUCUGCCCGAGAACCCGGCCCAAAGGCGCUGUGAACUUUGUAAAUUUCCAGAAGCCCCGGAGGGAGGGGAUUUACUUGGAGGGGAGGGUGUCUGCAGCCCCCGAACUCUGGGGGCAACUUCACACACUACGGAAUCUUAACUUGGUACUGGGCUGGGAGGGAUCGGGAGCGGCGGAGCUAAUGAGGGAAGAAGUGGUCUUGCGGAGGUCGCCUCUCCACUAAACUUUUCUUAAGACUUUGUGAAGCACUAGCCUCAGCGGCUUUCCAGGCGGCUCGGAACUGCUGUUCCCUUGUCACCUCCCACCCCGCCGGGCCUCCCUGCAUGCGGGCCAUGUAUGGACUCGGGGGGGUCCUUGUUCGGGCCUGAGGCGCGUUCCCUCUCCAGCGCUUUGGCGCCGUUAGGGUUUUGCAUCCUUUUAAUUCUAGCCCAAUCUCCCGAACCCAACUCUGCGCACAGAAAAGUCUUAAAGGGCCGAGCCAGGGCACAAGUUCUGGAGGCCUGAGCCGCCCCAGGCCCCUAACACCGGGCGGUCACUUCAGUCUCCAACUCCAGGGCCCGUGGGCAUCCGGCCUAGCCGCCCUAGUAGAGUGCGGCCCUCCCCCUUCCCCUGGCCCGGUCCAGGAUUCCCUCCAGGCUCGGAGCUGGAAGUGUGGGUGGAAGGGGACUUUGCUUGCUCGAAUUCUGUUCCCUUCGGUCCCUUCGGCUAAGAUGGUGCUGACCACGGGAAUAAUGUUCGUUAUUAUUGCUACUACUAUCAUUAUUAUUAAUUAUUAUUAUUAUUAAUCUUAUUGCUAUGAGGAUGGAGAAUGGUUAUUUUAAACAGGAAACUUGAGCCAGAUUUAACUUAUUUAAAGGAGGCCACUUGUACAUAUGUAGAAUUUAGGUUUGGAGGGCUCAGCUCUCGUCCUUUGCGUUCUCUCUCUCUCUCUCUCUCUCUCUCUCUCUCUCUCUCUCUCUCUCUCUCUCUCUCUCUCUCUCUCUCUCUCUCU